AUGAGUGCUGAGAAGAUCAAAGUACUGGAGGGUCUAGUGGCCAAUUUACAAGUGCAUAUCGCGCAGCAACAGAAACAAAUCAUUCAAAUGCAGCGUCAGCUCCAUUUCGACACGGAAAUUCGGCAAAUCCUGGUGCAGCAGAUGCAGCAGAUGCAGCGAACGCAGAGCCAGCAAAGCCAGCAGAUGCAGCAGAUGCAGCGAACGCAGAUGCAGCAAGCGCAGAGCCAGCAGACGCAGCAAGUGCCGAUAUAG